GAAAGACGAAGGAAUAACUUGGGACUCAAAUGCGUACGACGGAGUGGACAGACUCACGCUUCCUGCGACCGAGAUCUGGACCCCUCGAUUGGUGUUAGCCAACAGUGCUGUUGAGCCGCAUGAAAUUACCUUCGAUAUGGUGGACAUCAGAGACAACGGCACCAUCGAAGCGAACAUCUACCGGAGUUUCACGACGCUGUGCACACUCAACAUGUUGCAUUUCCCUUUCGACAAUCAAACAUGUCCGAUCGUCAUUAAAAGCAGCAUCUCCGCACAGAACAUGAAUCUUAUUAAUAAUUCGCCAGAAAGCAAGUUGAAAAUACUCUACGAGGAUACACAGCGCAGUUGGUACAACAUCGUGAUCUCUGAUUGCAAAUGUAACAGAACAAAAACUAGAAGCAUCAUGUUCCUUGUAGCUGCUAGACGGAAGUGCAUCUACCACAUAUUCGCCAGCUUAAUACCGUGCAGCCUGCUCGUUUUCAUCGCAUCGCUCUCCUUUUUCUCGCCUCCAGAGAGCGGAGAGCAGAUCUCGCUCAGUAUCACCAAUUUCCUUGCGUUCGUCACGUACUUCAUGUCGUUCUCGCAGAAUUUUCCAAAGAACAUGUCUCUAGAGACUGUGCCGAUAUUUUGUAAGUAUUUUCAGCUACAUUUUUGA